CCAUCUCUUGCUCGGGUCAGCAGCCUGCCAGGGACUCAGACACACUUGGGAAAGUCAGCCGCACCAGGGAAGUUGGAACCAUGAUGAAGCCUCUGCUGAUCCCCUUGACAUACUUCUGUCUUCAGACCUGGCUGGGGAUCCCUCAGGCAAAAUGUGAGGAGGAGCUGAACAUGACGGAGAAUGCUUUUGAUGACCAGUAUCUAGGAUGUGCUAAAGAAAUGGAGGAAAAAGCACAUAAACUGCUAACGGAGGAAAUGUCCCCACCAUUUAGCACGGUGUGGCAAAACGCAAGAAAAAAAUGGGAAGAUGUGAAAAGCACUUCUCCCCUCAGGGCCUAUAAGGAUGAGUAUGGAAUAGCCCUAGUAGCCUAUACUGACAAAACCGAAUACAUCGAAUACGACGGCAAAACUUUUUCAACUACAUUUAAAGCAGCAGUGAAAGGGGCUGGGGCAUCUCGAGCUUAUUACAUGGCCAAUUUCAAGUUCAAAGCCUUUCAUUAUUACUUGACAAGAGCUUUGCAGCUCUUACGGGAGGGGUGCAAGACGGUGUACCGGGGGGAUUCUAAAAGUUUUGAGUACAAGAAGGGUGACAUCAGGUUUGGACACUUUGCCUCUUCAUCUAUUAAUAAAAAAGUGGCAGAGGGAUUUAGGACUAAGAGGGCAAUAGAGAAGGGCACACUCUUCACCAUCCGCACGUGCUUCGGCGUGAAGAUCCAGGCCCUGUCAUACAAUCCUGACCAAGAAGAAGUGUUAAUCCCAGUCCAUGAGAAAUUCAGUGUGUCCCCCAAAGGGAAGAACCACUUUGACCUCCAGAGCACAAAACAGACCUGCAGCUAUUUUAACUGCGCGUACCUGGGUGGAGAGAAGAUCGAAACAUGUGUUAACAACUCUGCUACCAGAGGUGGCCUCGUCUUCCCCGGUGUUCUGAGCCCUUCACUGUUUGGAGGAUCCAUCAUCCUGGUCCACGUUGCUGCUCUGAAGCUGUUUGCUGGUUUCUAAACUGUCCUAUUCAUGUUACGCACUUUUUCUCUCUAACACAAAUCAUGGCGAUGGGACUUGCCAGAUCCAAAGCCGCCCUGCUAUGCUGUCAGCGUUCCAAAGGGAAACCAGGAACACAGAGGGAGUGUUGCUGGUACCUGCUUGGGCAAGCUUUGAUUAUACAUUAUCAAUGAGUAGAUCAAAAUGGAAGCUCAUAGUUCUAUUCCAGGUGGGAUUUCUCUUACAGUGUUAGCGCUAUAAAUGCAUGUUAGAUAAGUUACUUGUAUUCCAGUCAAGCUAAAAUUUUUGUACCAACUUUUGAUGACUUCACUAAAAGACUUUUCAGAAAUGAA